UGGGUCUGGGGUUUCCACCGAUCGUAAUUGCAUGUCAUUGAUGAAAUCUAGCUAGCCUGGUAAAGGUGGUGUGACCUUGGCCGAGAAAUAAAAUCGGGUAUGUUACACAUCUGGUCAGGGUCCACCACGUCACCAGCACGCUGCUUACUGCAUGCAUAUGGUUGGUUCCUUCUGCGUUACGGCCCAAUGAGCUGGGGUGUUACUCCACAAGCUGGUGCGGGUGUCAUGCACGACCCAAGCAACGGCGCCCAGCCGUGGAGUCUGCGAUACCCUCGACAUGCAGCAGCCUGCAUCCCGGGGACGCCACGCGUUGCCCGGUUUCUUGGGAGGGGCGGGAUCCCACCAAAGCUGGGCAACAAGCCAUUGACAUGCUGGCGUCUGCUGCGGAUCUGACAGGCCGUUCGAAGGUUGGGCUAAGCUAUCGUUGAAAGCUCGCAGCUCUCUCGGUAUUUCUUCCUUCCCACCUUCCGUCAAACCGAAAGAGCAGAAAAU